AUGGUGGUAAACUGUUUUAAACGUCACGGUGCUGAAACAAUCGAUACACCCGUCUUUGAACUCAAAGAUACGUUGACCGGAAAAUACGGAGAAGAAGGAAAUAAGCUUAUUUAUGACCUUGAAGAUCAAGGAGGGGAAAUGCUAUCACUGCGCUAUGAUUUGACGGUGCCAUUUGCAAGGUAUCUUGCUAUGAAUAAAAUCACCAACAUAAAACGGUAUCAAAUCGCCAAAGUGUAUCGUCGAGACAAUCCUUCGAUGAUCAGAGGCCGCUACCGAGAAUUUUAUCAAUGUGAUUUCGAUAUUGCUGGUGUUUAUGAUCCAAUGAUUCCGGAAGCAGAAUGUCUGAAGAUCGUCGUCGAAAUCUUGGAGGAGCUGAAAAUAGGAGAUUUCAUAAUAAAACUCAAUCACAAAAAAAUUUUGGACGGAAUCCUGGCUGUUUGUAAAGUCCCGACUGACAAGUUCAGAACCGUCUGUUCGUCCAUCGACAAGCUGGACAAAGCAUCCUGGGAUGACGUGGAACUGGAAAUGGUUAAUGAAAAGAAAAUUGAUACUGACAUAGUUCAGAAGAUCAAGUCAUAUGUCUGUCCUCCAGCACUGGACUCUUCGACACAGUUGCUGGAGCGUUUUCAAACUGACGAAGCGUUGCAGAAAAACAGCGAUGUUGUUGAUGGUCUCAAGGAUGUACACUUGUUGUUUUCUUACUGUGAUAUAUUUGGGAUAUCGAAAAAGGUUGUCUUUGACCCCAGCUUAGCUCGCGGAAUCGACUAUUAUACCGGUUGCAUUUACGAAGCUGUUCUUUUGGGUAUGUCCUUAGACUCAGACAACCGGCCACAAAUCUGCAACGGCGAAGUUCCAGGAGAAUCCACGUCAGUCGGUUCUAUCGCCGGCGGCGGAAGGUACGACAAGCUUGUCGGUUCGUUGAGUCCAAAACACAAGCAGGUGCCGUGUAUCGGUGUCAGUAUUGGCAUCGAACGCAUUUUUGCCGUCAUGUUGCAAAGAGCUGAGGCUGAAAACCGUAAAAUCAGAAGCUGUGAAACCGACUUCUUUGUGGCGUCUGCACAGAAAAAUCUUCUCAAAGAGCGACUGAGAUUGUGUCGCGAGCUCUGGGACGCCAAAUACAAGGCCGAAAUCUCAUAUAAGGCGAAUCCAAGGUUGUUAGAUCAACUACAAUAUUGUGAGGAUCGAGGCAUUCCAUACGCCUUGAUUAUUGGUGAAAGCGAGUUACAGAAAGGAGUGGUGAAGCUGCGUCAUAUAUCUACUCGCGAAGAGGUAUUCCAUAACGCGUGA